AUGCCUGACCAUGAAGCUGGCGCCGAGACCGACCCCCCCGAGCAAGAUGUCCUGUCUGCCGCUGCAGACCAGCGUGUUGAAGCAGAGAACAAGCGGAAAACUUUAGCAUUCAAUGUCUCGCAUAUUCUCGUAUCUCUGCUACUAUUGUGGUUUAUGACCGUUCAGAUGCUCGGAUUACUCUUUUUCGCGAAAGGUUUCCUUUUGACGCGACUCGUUCUCGACAGCAAGUCAGACUGUCGACUUCUGCCAGAUGGCACAACCAUUACCACUGAGAAUGGAUGCUGGCAUCCUAAAAGUUUUGAAAAAGCAAUUGUAAUCAUAAUAGAUGCGCUGCGCUAUGAUUUCACCGUCCCUUCACACGCUGCUCCCAGCGACCGUGCUCCGGGAUACUACCUCGACAAUUUACCCUUUUUAUAUGAUACAGCUUCUAAAUCUCCCGCAAACGCAAUCCUAACGCCAUUCAUAGCCGAUCCUCCGACCACGACUCUACAGAGACUAAAGGGAUUGACUACUGGCACGCUGCCUGUAUUCAUAGAUGCGGGCUCAAAUUUUGCAGGGACUGAUAUUGAAGAGGACAAUCUCGUGGCACAACUGAGGGCCGCUGGCAAAACAGUGGUACAUCUUGGAGACGAUACAUGGCACGCAUUAUUUCCCGGAUACUUCGAUGCAAACCUUACCCACGCAUAUGAUUCUUUUAACGUCUGGGAUCUGCAUACCGUUGACAAUGGGGUGAUUCAGCACAUCAUGCCUCUCUUGGAACACAGUCGGCAAUCCUCAUGGGAUGUGAUCUUCGGCCAUUUCCUAGGAGUCGAUCAUGCGGGGCAUCGCUAUGGGCCGAAUCACCCUGCUAUGGCUGACAAGCUGCGUCAAAUGAACGGUGUAAUUUCCGAUAUUGCAAACGGAAUUGACUCCGAGACUUUGCUGGUAGUCAUGGGCGAUCACGGUAUGGACACGAAAGGCGAUCAUGGCGGCGAGUCGGAUGACGAGGUUGAAGCUGCCCUAUGGAUGUAUUCAAAAGCACCUCGAUUUGGACGCACUGACCCUGCUCAUGUUUAUCCUCCCUCUACAGCUAAGGAGCGUACGGUUGGCCAGAUUGAUCUUGUCUCAACACUGUCCCUUCUCCUCGGACUACCAAUUCCCUAUAAUAAUCUGGGUACGCCAAUACCGGAGGCAUUUAUUGGACCAAACAACAACGGCUGGGAGAAUCUAGCUGCGGCGGAGCUUCUCGCGCUCGGCCAAGUCCAGAACUAUCAGACUCAGUACAGCAAAGCACGCGAUCUCGGGACCAAUGAAGCACAGCAAGAAAGCCACCGGCGCCUUUUGGAAUCUGUACGGGCAUCUGGGAAGGAUAAGUGGCAGAAGGUUCAUCAGCAUUAUCAACAGUGGCAUGCAGAAACGAUUGGCAUGUAUAGACGACUUUGGGCGAACUUCGAUCUGACAGACAUGGUCUGCGGUGUGAUCAUCUCAGCAAUGGCUUUGGUUGCCUUGGCUAUUUUCUCCCGACUUUCGACUGGUGACAAGGCGAACGUUCUGCCUCAGCUGCUGAGAUCAAUUGGUCUCGGAGUGGGAGCCGGUGUCAUUACUGGACCAGUGCUGGGUGUUGCCUUUCCGGAAUACUUCACAGCCAUUCGGGGGUGCGUUUUCGGCGCCGCGGCCGGGGGCCCUAUGUCUUUUUUCGCUAGCCUCUGGCAACAGCGAACAGGACUUUCGCAGCACCUCAAGCCGUCCCUGUGGGGUGCAAUGAUGUUCUUCUUCUGCAUCAGCCAGGCUGCAGGAUUCGCGGCGAAUUCGUACACGAUCCACGAAGAUACAAUCUUGCUAUUCUUCUUGUCCAGCUUCGGCGUAGUCGCUAUCAUGUCGUCUUUGCGGCAAGCAUCAAAUUCCGACAGAAUCCUCGGGACAUAUCAGUCAGUUGUCUUCACCAUUCUGACACGUCUUGCAUCUUACUCUCGCCUUUGCCGAGAAGAGCAAAUGCCAGGGUGUCGAUCAACUUUUUAUGCUUCGUCAACCUCAUCAACUUCGGCACCAUGGCAGCUGCUAAUCCCUUUAAUCAUUGCGCUGUUCCUUCCAGAAAUCGUCAAGGCUUUCUACCAAGGGACUGCUUCUUGGGCUGGAUCUUCCGGACUCUGGAUCGCAUUCGGCUUCCGGAUGGGUCUGGCGCUUGUGGCCACUUAUUGGGUGCUCGAUGCAGCAAACAAUGGUGAAUGGCUCGCAAAUCUACUUUCUCCGUCGGCUCUGAUGACGAUCAAUAUCACCAUUGCGCGGUUGGCUCUUGCAGUGGCACUGCCUGUGGGCAUCGCCAUUUUCGUAUGGGCAAAACCGUGCAUCGACAUCACGCUCAAUCAGGGGGCCAGGAUGCCCACUGCAAAGGGUGACUCGCGCCCGCAGAUCGUGAUUCUCGGGUACGCCAACGCGUUUGGAAGUCGAUUUUUCUUCCUUAUACCGAUCCUAGUUGUGGCAACCUGUCUGCUCCUGCCGCCAAUGGGUCAAUUCUCACUCGCCAUUUGCACCUGGCAAAUAUUGUGCCUGCUCGAGAUUCUCGACACCAACUCGCUCACGAUAACGGAAGUGUCCAACUCGUCCGUUGGACCGGUUAUGCUUGCAAUGCUUGGGUCUUAUCACUUCUUCAAAACCGGGCAUCAGGCAGCAAUGGCUGCUGUGCAGUGGAACUCAGCGUUCGUUGCACUACGCACAGUGCAGUACCCAUGGACGCCUUUACUGGUUAUGCUGAACACAUUCGGAGCUCAGAUUCUGUGCGCAGCUGCGGUACCACUCGUUGUGCUCUGGAAGCGCCCAAUCUCCAGAGAUGGGCUUCGUGGAAUUUGGAGCGAUGUGGCCAAUGCAGCACUAUCCCAUAUGUUAUAUUACGCAACCAUUCAACUUGCGACGACCCUGUGGGCAGGUCACCUUCGGCGACAUCUGAUGCUAUACAGAGUAUUCAUGCCCAGGUUUCUUAUGGCUAGUGGGGUGUUACUAGUCGUUGACUUUACUCUGAUCUUCGUGGCUCUGCCUGGGGCACGUGUUACAGGUCUCAGUGUGGGCGAAGUCUUCGGUUACUGA